CCACACACCGCUGUGCGCCUGCGUGUGUAGAAUAAGAGCACGGAAGUGAAGGCAGUAUUGCGCCACCCACACCCGCACAGGCUUGCAUCCGUCAAAAUCCUUGCACAGUCUUCGCUGCGUCCCCCUCGUCCCAGUCUCGAGGUGUGAGCAAGGAACCCCGUCACCAUGGCGACGACCACCUCCAGCAGCAGGCCGUACCACAUCAUUGUGUUCGGGGCCUCUGGUUUCACCGGACAGUUUGUCGUUGAGGAGGUCGCCCGGACCUCUGCAGAGGGUCCUAAGGGAACUCUCAAAUGGGCGAUCGCUGGGAGAAGCAGACAAAAGCUGGAAAAAGUUCUGGAGCAGGCCGCUGGAACGCUAAGUAAGCCAGAGUUGAAGUCCGAAGUGGAAGUAAUCGUGGCCGAUGUCGGUGAACCGGAUUCCUUGGCCGCCAUGUGCAAACAGGGUGUGAUUGUUCUCAACUGUGUGGGACCAUACAGGUUUUAUGGUGAGCCAGUGGUAAAGGCAUGUGUGGAAAAUGGAGCCCACUGCAUCGAUAUAUGUGGGGAGCCUCAGUUUCUAGAGGGAAUGCAGCUGAACUACCAAAACCAGGCUGUGGAAAAGGGGGUGUAUGUGAUUGGAAGCUGUGGGUUCGACUCCAUACCUGCAGAUAUGGGUGUCCUGUUCACCAGAGACCAGUUUAAAGGAACACUUACUGCUGUUGAGAGCUUCCUGACCAUAAGCAAUGGACCAGAGGGAGGCUGUAUCCACGACGGCACCUGGCAGUCGGCCAUCUAUGGUUUCGCAGACAGCGACAAGCUGAGGAGUCUGAGGAAGAAGUUCGGCCACAAACCCCUGCCUAUCGUCGGGGCAAAAAUCAAAAGAAGGAGCGCCCUGUUCUUCAGUAAGGAGAUAGAUCAGUACGCUGUGCCCUUCAUGGGGGCUGACCCCUCGGUGGUGAAGAGGACACAGCGCUUCCUGCACGAGGAGUAUGAGGAGUCGCCCGUUCAGUAUGGUGCAUAUGCUGGUGUGGGGGGCAUCUCCUCUGUGGUUAAGCUGCUCUUCGCAGGCAUGCUGUUCUGGUUCAUGGUCAAGUUCAGCUUUGGCAGAAGCCUGCUGACAAAGUUUCCUGAAUUGUUCUCCUUCGGCGUUUUCUCAAAAGCGGGUCCAACAAGAAAGCAGAUGGAGGACUCUUCCUUCUGCUUCACCUUCUACGGUGAGGGCUAUACAGAGGGCCAGGAUCCCCAGCAGGGAAAGCCCAACGCUAAGAUCCGCACGCAAGUCAAAGGAGCAGAGGCGGGGUAUGUCGCCACCCCGAUCGCCAUGGUUCAGGCAGCCAUCACCCUCCUCAAUGAACCCAAGUCCCUCCCCAGCACGGGGGGCGUGUACACCCCUGGAGCAGCCUUCGGCAAGACCACCCUGAUUGACCGCCUCAACAAGCACGGUUUCCAGUUCUCCGUGAUCACGGGCAGCGAGGCGUGAGCGGGACCCCUCCCCAAGGGCGAACGGCCCCACCCUGCCCCCGCCUCUACCCCCUUCCCCCU